AUGAGCAGCUUCUUAGAUUACUCUGUGAUGAGCGGCGACGGCGGGUCCUGCUCAGUCAGGGCUUUCCACUCAGACCACGGAAUUACUACAUUCCAGUCCUGCGCAGUCACCGUGAACAACUGUGGGGCGGAUGAGCGCUUCAUGCCCAAUAGGUCUUCCCCGGAUGGCAUCCCUCACCAAACGGGGUCCUACCAGACUCCUACUGGCUCUCUGGGUUUAGCCUAUGGGGCCCAUCCUGCCUGCGGCUCGGGCUAUGGACCCCAGGGCUUCUGUGCCACCUACAACCAUUACGCACUGAACCAGGAAGUGGACUCGGCCACGGGUUUCCCCCAGUGCGCCCCAUUAAUGUACUCCGGCAACAUUUCCUCGUCCAUGGUACCGCAGCAUCGCCAAGGUUACGGGGGAGCGCCCCUGGGUCAGCUCCAGUACGCUCACGCCACCUAUGGUGGCGGGCACGAGCAGGCGAACCUGCCUCCUUUCUCUGGGUGCUCAAACCCGCUGUCACCCCUGCACGCGGCCCACCUUGACUCGUGCUGCUCGCCCCUGUCCUCCGAGAGCGCCUCCAACGCACAGACCUUCGAUUGGAUGAAAGUGAAGAGGAACCCGCCCAAGACAGGCAGAUCAGGGGAGUAUGGCUAUGGGGGGCAGUCCAACACCGUCCGGACCAACUUCACCACCAAACAACUCACCGAGCUUGAGAAGGAGUUCCACUUCAACAAGUAUUUGACCCGCGCGCGGCGCGUGGAGAUCGCGGCAGCGCUUCAGCUGAACGAGACUCAGGUCAAAAUCUGGUUCCAGAACCGCCGGAUGAAACAGAAGAAGCGCGAGAAGGAAUGCCUGGUGCCCACCAAUGCCGCAGUGUCAGACCCGAGGGAUAGCUGCCCGGAAAAAGCAGCUGGAUCUGAGAAGUCCCUCUCCGCCCCCUCCACCCCAUCUCCAGCCUCUUCAACAGUGUCCUCUGGGGUUGACCCAUACUCCUCCAGUUAA